CCAGCCCCCCCUGAGAUCCUUCUGCAGUUGCUGUCAUUUCAUCAGCAGCCAACAGCAAAGGACUGAUCCAGCAUGGACUUCUUAUCUGCCCUCUGCUUAGAGGAUCUCAUAUCCUCCUUCUCCAAACUACCUGUUUAUCCAGUGUUCGAUGUGGCUUAUUAUAUCAUCUCCAUUCUAUAUCUAAAGUAUGAACCAGGUGCUGUGAAUCUUUCCCGUCGUAGUCCAGUGGCAUCAUGGCUCUGUGCAAUGCUAUACUGUUUUGGGAGUUAUAUCCUUGCAGAUGUCCUCCUAGGAGACUCUCCUAUUCAUUAUUUCAGCAAUAAUGCCAACAUACUCUUGGCGUCAGCUGUUUGGUACCUGAUGUUUUUCUGCCCCCUUAAUCUGUUUUACAAGUGUGUUAGCUUUCUGCCAGUGAAACUCAUCUUUGUCGCUAUGAAGGAAGUAGUCCGGGUCCGUAAGAUUGCUAUAGGAAUCCAUCAUGCUCACCACCAUUAUCACCAUGGAUGGGUCGUUAUGGUGCUGAUUGGAUGGGUGAAAGGUUCGGGAGUAGCCCUGAUGUCUAACUUGGAACAACUUUUACGUGGUGUCUGGAAGCCAGAGACAAAUGAGAUUCUCCAUAUGUCAUUCCCAACUAAGGCCAGUCUUUAUGGAGCUAUCCUGUUUACUCUCCAACAGUCCCACUGGCUACCCAUCUCCAAAACCAACUUAAUCUUCUUCUUUACUCUCUUUAUGGCUUCUUGUAAGAUCUUCAUGACCGCAACUCAUUCCCAUGGAUCUCCAUUUGCCCCACUUGAAGCUUUCAUUUGCCCUUUCCUCUUUGGUAACCCUAAUGGUGACCAUGAUGAUCAUGGUGACCACCACCAUCACCAUGACGACCAUCAUGUGUCCCACUCAGUGACAAAGUCCAAGGAAGAUCUGAAUGAAGGAACUCGGAAAAGAAAAGUGAAGAAAGCUGAAUGAAACAGCAAGGACAGCUAUUAUAUUAACCAUAAUUCCCAUUAAAAUGGCCAUCAACAAGGCUGAUUCGGUGUUAUAUGCCAAAGCAAAACAAAUCCCCAACUUUGCAGUGUAUAUUUUUUAAUACAUUUUAUAUAUGGUGAGAGGCUUUAUAACAUCUCAAAAGUCCCCUUGUCUUGGAGAUAGUUUGGUUGAUACUAAUUGCUAGAUGCUACUGAUGUGGAUGCCAAGUUUGCCAACAAAAUCUUCUCACAAUGCUAUAUUUUGGAUUAUUGCUCCUAUUAGACAUUUCAUGCAUCAUGCCCUAUGCCUGUUUUGUGAAUUCUGCCCUGUGUCUAAUAUAUUUAAGAAUAUUUUAGAAGAUAUUUAAGAAUUAAAGAAACUGUAAAUACACAAUUUAAACAUCACACCAGCAGUAAUGUCAGUCAGCUUUUAUUUUUGUAUUUAAUGUAAAUCCUCAUUUGAAAAAAGAGAAAAACAUUAUGUUCAGGUUUAUGUUCAGGUUUAUCAAGCCAUAUUUGUAACAUAUGUAACUAUAUUUAAGAAAAAUAAAACACAAUCUUCUAAUUUA